AUGGAUACGCGACGCUCUCUCCUCUUCGUGACAAACAGCGAGCUGGGUCAAGCCAGUGUCAUCCUCGCUGUCGCCUACGAAUUUCUGCUGCAACGUGAGUACGAGGUGCAUAUCGCCUCUUUCCCUGCUCUGCAGAAGGAUGUCGAACAGCUCAACGAUACGGCUGCCCGCUUGAGCAAUGGUGCUUGCAGCGCCAUUGAGUUCCACCCUCUGGCUGGCAAAUCCAUGAAGGAGGCCGCACCUCCUGGCACCGAGUUCCUCGAUCUACAUGCACCAGGCACGACUGGUGCUCUAUUUGCAUAUGACAAUGUGCUUCCUGCAACUUUCGCGCCCUGGCACGGGACUCAGUACAUGAUCGGAUACAGCAGUACUGUCGAGAUCAUCAACGAGACUGCUCCUGACUUGGUCAUCGUUGAUCCGUUGUUCAGUCAAGGUGUUGAUGCGUGCAACGCCAUCGGUCAAAAGUGCUUGAUCCUCAGUCCAAACACCUUGAAGGAGCUUGUGUUGGAUCGACAACCUGGUGGCGGAGCUUUGUGGAAGUUUCCAGCGUAG